AUGUAUUCCUGGAAGAUUGCUAACAAAUUUCGAUUUGGGCGCUCGAAGGAGGAAAAGGAGAAGGAGAAGGACAAAGAGAGAGAACGCGAGAAAUCCAAAGAUAAGGAGAAACAUGGGUUAUUCCAUCACAAGAGCCACCGUAGCGAAUCCCCAUAUAUGGAACCACCAAGAGACUCAGUGGAUCGCAAGGAGACCAUAGUUGCAUCUACAUCAUCGAUAGCGCCUGUACGUUUGUCAUCGGAUGUGAACAAAUUUCCAACGACUAAUUCUUCGAUUUCGACUGGUAGAGACUCACAAAGGACGUCUAGUGACUUUAACAACAUGACUGACUCCACUGGUUAUGCAAGCAAUAACGGUUUUGGAAGCAGUGCUAGGAAUAGUGGUUUGUAUGGAGGAGAUCCUGGGAACCCCAAUGUUAAUGACGAAACAACGAGUUCCCACGAUGUCAUGCCCGAAUCAGAGCCACUUUUUUCCGGCAUUAUGACCAUUAAAGUUUACGGAGGUGAGGGAUUUAAAUUGCCGGUCCCUAUAACGUCCAAUGUUCAGAUACUGAAGAAACUCCUUCAAUCUGGUGUCAUCAAUCCAUCCUCGGAGGACCCUAGUACUGAUGAACUUGUGUCUUCACUUUCGCAACUAGACUUGAGUGGUGGUAAUGAAGAAGAAAAUCUGAUAGAUGGUGAUUUGGCCACACGUUUUAUUCCAGCAACGAUUACGCUGCCGAGCUCAACCGACCUAAAUCCACUCCUAUACUUCACUAUCGAAUUUGAUAAUACCGUGGCAACUAUUGAGCCGGAAUCAGGUACCAUAUCACAUCUGAGCUUCAACAAGAUUUCUACGUUUGAUGUAACGAGAAAACUGCCGUUCUUAAAAAUUGACAUUUUAGCACGCAUUCCCUCAAUUCUACUCCCAUCGAAGGCUUGGCAGCAAUCUAACUCAUCCGAUCCGUACAUUCGUGAUAUUCUGGACCGCAUCAACAACAACCAGGACAUUCAUUUGGACUCGUACAAUUUACCAUUGACACUAGACUUUGAUUCUGCUACAAGCUUCCGCCUCUACAACCAUCAGUGGGUUUCUCUAGAGAACGGCAACGGUAAGCUUAAUAUUAGCGUUGAUUAUAAACCAGCGACUAAUAGAGCUUUAAGCAUUGAUGAUUUCGACCUUCUAAAAGUAAUAGGAAAGGGGUCUUUCGGUAAGGUAAUGCAGGUCAAAAAGAAAGAUACCAACAAAGUAUAUGCUUUGAAGGCGAUACGGAAAUCUUACAUUGUCUCCAAGUCAGAAGUGGUUCAUACGUUGGCUGAGAGGACAGUACUGGCUCGCGUUGACAACCCGUUCAUUGUGCCUCUUAAAUUUACUUUCCAGUCUCCGGACAAGCUGUACAUUGUACUUGCAUUCAUCAACGGUGGAGAGUUAUUUUAUCAUCUUCAAAGAGAAGGCCGAUUUUCGCUUUCCCGCGCCAGAUUUUACGCUGCCGAACUAUUGUGUGCGCUUGAGACGCUGCAUAAUUUGGACGUGAUUUAUCGUGAUUUGAAGCCAGAAAACAUAUUGUUGGAUCAUCAGGGACACAUUGCGCUGUGUGAUUUUGGCUUGUGCAAACUUAAUAUGAAAGGUCAAGAGAAGACUAACACAUUUUGCGGAACGCCGGAGUACUUAGCUCCUGAACUUCUGCUAGGUCAAGGCUACUCUAAGGUCGUAGACUGGUGGACAUUGGGUGUUCUACUUUACGAGAUGAUGACAGGCUUACCACCAUAUUAUGACGAAGACGUUCCCAAAAUGUAUAAAAAGAUUCUACAAGAGCCACUGCGGUUCCCAGAUGGCUUUGACAAAGAUGCAAAGGAUCUUUUAAUUGGCCUUCUUAGUCGGGAUCCAAAGCGCCGUUUAGGUUUCAACGGAGCAGACGAAAUAAAGUCGCAUGCAUUCUUCAGCCAGCUCAGCUGGAAAAGACUUUGGACAAAGGGAUAUAUUCCACCGUAUAAACCACCUGUCAUGAGCUCACUGGACACAAGCAAUUUUGAUCAGGAAUUUACCAAAGAAUUGCCGGUCGACAGUGUUGUUAAUGAUUAUUUGAGCGAAAGUGUACAACAGCAGUUUGGUGGCUGGACCUACGUUGGGAGUGAGCAGCUUGGAAGCUCUUUAGCACCUGGUAGAAGCGUGCGGUGA